GCCGUGCGUCGCGACGCCAUCAGAACACCUGCCGCGCUCGGCCUGAGCUCGCCGCAACCCCCACGAUCUCUUGCGCCGCCAGUUCGAUCUCUCCACAGCGAUCAAAAGGCGAGAGAAGUCGCGAUUCAGUCAAGGGAGAAAAGCUCCAGUGCUUACUCAGCUUGCGUCAUCAUCUGUUUCCGUUUCUUUCUGAUCUCGUCGUUUGUGUGAGAGAUAUGUUCUCCAAGUCGAUUUCAACAUCGAUCUUUCUGAUCAUCAUCGUCGUCGGUACGUUUCAUGUUGUAAAAGCAGCAAUUGGCAACGAUCACCGCCAACAACAGGUAACGAAUGAAGCAGUUACCAAUAUCUUGGCUUAUGAAAUGGGACCGAAGGCUUCAUUUGAAGUACCACGCGAACAUUAUCGACCGAUUACAGAUUGUAUGUUUGUUACCUCAGAAAGUGGACCGUUCUCUUAUAUAUCGUCAACCGAUAAUGACAACGUUUGUGGAAUAUACUUCCUAACUGAUCCCGAUCGCGUAGUAGAAAUACAUUUCUAUAGCUUCGAUGUUCCCUGCGAUCAUCAUGGCCUUCUAGCAGUAAUCGACGGUUGGGAAUUAAAUGGCGAAAUAUUUCCAAGCGAGAGUGACCAUUCAUUGUCGAUGAAAGAGAGGAUGAGUGAGUUCUGCGGUAAGAACAGGUGGUACAGGAGAACUUUUACGAGUUCGCAGAACGCUGCACUUCUUCAAUACAGAAUACCAUUACGUGGGAAAGGCUUUGUCGUAACUGCAAGAUAUCCAAAAAAUCCGAGACCCUGCAACGUCUUGUCAGUCAGCACGACGGAUGCAUUUACACUUCGCAAUUAUGGCAGACGGAUUAAUUGCACCCUGGUCGCGGUAUAUCCCGGUGCCGUACGAAUAAUUGCCCUCGGAAUCGGUGGUGGUAGCAAUUCGCAUGGCGUCGUUCAUACAACCGAAACUGGCACUUUACGCAAAUGCGACAUGAGGAGUCCGCAAGAUCAAGUGCAAAUUGGAGGCAGCCGAGGUUUCGAUACGACGAAACUCGACGUAAUUGAUUCCAUUUGCGGCAUUGAUUCCAAACCUGAUAUAAAGGAGCUCGUAGAAUACGACAUAACGGCGGUACGACUAUUAUCAAGCGGUUACUACGAUAACUCAGUGACGGUGGCAAUAAGUCCAAUUGUAGACGACAGUCUAUUGGAUUCCGCUUCCGGUCUUUAAAACGACUGCUUUGAACAUUUUCGUCAUCGUCCGUCGCACUCGCUACGCACUAUUCUCAACGUUUUAUCUUCAAACAUGCGGACGUAAUGCCAACAUCGGGUUGUGUAAACCAUAACGUAUUCUUCCAAUAGUUUGUGAAUUAUUUAUGUAUUUCUGUUAUACAUGCUAAAAGACAGCGUAGAGUAUCGUAUAAAUGUGAGUGAAAGAAAAAGAGUCUUCUAUCAAAGACUGAUGAUUCUCUUCUCGUAUUUUACUCCUUCAUCAAUGUCAUUAUUAUUUUUGUGAUAUUUCUCAUGACAAAAGAAUUUAAAAAAUAA